GCUGUGCUGGCAGCGGCGUGCUGGGAGCCUCGUACGCCAGGAGCCUCGUACGCCUGGUGCAGGUGCUGCCUUUCCGUUACUGCUCCUCGCUCCUUAGGGAAGCAGUUCUGCAGCCGACAGGGGUCACACGGAGCCCUCUCGGCUUCCAUGUGAUCCCUUCAGUAUCCAACAUUGUUCCCGAGAGCUGCCUGCUCAUCGUGGUGGGCCUUUUGGUUGGAGGGCUCAUCAAAGGGGUGGGUGAAAAGCCUCCCAUCCUCAAGUCGGACAUCUUCUUCCUCUUCCUCCUCCCACCCAUCAUCUUGGAUGCCGGCUAUUUCCUCCCUUUACGCCAAUUCACUGAGAACCUGGGCACCAUCCUCAUCUUUGCCGUGGUGGGGACGCUCUGGAAUGCCUUCUUCUUGGGUGGCCUGAUGUAUGCCGUGUGCCAGCUGGGCGGCCCGGGCCUGAACCACAUUGGCCUCUUGGCCAACCUACUUUUCGGCAGCAUCAUCUCGGCCGUGGACCCGGUGGCCGUGCUGGCCGUCUUCGAGGAGAUCCACAUCAACGAGCUGCUCCACAUCUUGGUCUUCGGAGAGUCCCUUCUGAACGACGCCGUCACGGUCGUCCUCUACCACCUCUUCGAGGAGUUUGCCAACUUCGAGCAGGUGACCAUUAUCGAUAUCAUCCUCGGCUUCCUCAGCUUCUUCGUGGUAUCGCUGGGUGGUGUCUUCGUGGGCGUCAUUUAUGGGGUGAUCGCUGCCUUCACGUCCCGCUUCACCUCCCACAUCCGAGUCAUCGAGCCCCUCUUCGUCUUCCUCUACAGCUACAUGGCCUAUCUCUCUGCUGAGCUCUUCCACCUCUCCGGCAUCAUGGCGCUCAUCGCCUCCGGCGUGGUCAUGCGACCCUAUGUGGAAGCCAACAUCUCUCACAAGUCCCACACCACCAUCAAGUAUUUCCUCAAGAUGUGGAGCAGUGUGAGUGAAACCCUUAUCUUCAUCUUCUUGGGUGUCUCCACCGUGGCUGGCCACCACUACUGGAACUGGACCUUCGUCAUCAGCACACUGCUCUUCUGCCUCAUCGCGAGAGUUUUAGGCGUCCUGGUCCUCACCUGGUUCAUCAACAAGUUCCGAAUCGUGAAGCUUACACCGAAGGACCAGUUCAUCAUCGCCUACGGGGGCCUGCGGGGAGCCAUCGCCUUCUCCCUCUGUUACCUCCUGGACUAUAAGCAUUUCGGCAUGAGGGACAUGUUCCUCACGGCCAUCAUCACGGUCAUCUUCUUCACAGUUUUCGUGCAGGGCAUGACCAUCCGACCCUUGGUGGACCUGCUGGCCGUGAAGAAGAAGCAAGAGACAAAGCGCUCCAUCAACGAAGAGAUCCACACGCAGUUCUUGGAUCACCUUCUGACGGGGAUCGAGGAUAUCUGUGGUCACUACGGGCAUCACCACUGGAAGGACAAGCUGAAUCGCUUCAACAAGAAGUACGUGAAGAAGUGCCUGAUUGCGGGGGAGCGGUCCAAGGAGCCCCAGCUCAUCGCCUUCUAUCACAAGAUGGAGAUGAAGCAGGCAAUCGAGCUGGUGGAGAGUGGGGGCAUAGGCAAGAUCCCCUCCGCUGUCUCCACCGUCUCCAUCCAGAACAUCAACCCCAAGACCCUCCCCGUGGAGCGCAUCCUUCCGGCCCUGUCCAAGGACAAGGAGGAGGAGAUCCGAAAAAUCCUUCGCAACAACCUGCAGAAAACCAGGCAGAGGUUGCGAUCCUACAACCGACACACACUUGUGGCUGACCCCUACGAGGAAGCCUGGAACCAGAUGCUCCUGCGCAGGCAGAAGGCCCGGCAGCUGGAACAGAAGAUGAACAACUACCUGACGGUGCCGGCUCACAAGCUCGAUUCGCCCACCAUGUCCCGGGCUCGCAUAGGCUCAG